UUACCAGAAUCCUUUACCCCGGCUCGCUCCCGCUCCCACCCCCACCUACACGAGAUUCGCCGCAGUCUGUCGUCUGGCUAGUGUGAGAGUGCGAUCUGCAGAUUAGCGUGCGCGUGUGAUCCCGCCCGUGGAUGCGCCUAGCUUGCCGCCGGCAAUGACCUCCGCCGUCGCGAGUAGCCUGGUCCCUGCGGCAGCAGCCGCGCCCACGUAUGGCUGCCGCGCCUCGUUCGGCCGCGAUGCGCCCGAGGAGGCGCCGGCUGUCGUCGUGUCUUCUGCUUCUCCCGUGCACCCCGCCGUGGCCGCGCCCGCGAUCUCCAAGGACUUCAUCGACUUCGAGUUCAGCCUCGGCGGGGGCGGCUGCACCACCAGCAUGCUUCCCGCGGACGAGCUCUUCGCCGACGGGAAGCUGCUCCCGCUCCGCCGGGCUGAUGCUUCUGCUGCCGCCGCGCCAGAGCCGGAGCCUGCCGCCGCGCCGCGUCCGCCCCGGCUGGAGGCAAUGCCGGCGUCUCCGGAGCCGAUGAAGCCGAUCCGCGGCGGCACGGCGGCUGGCGCUGCCGACCAGUACGUGUUCUCGCCCAAGGCGCCCAGCUGCUCGAGCCGGUGGCGCGAGCUGCUCGGGCUCAAGAGGGCGGCCACAGCCCAGAGCCCGAGGACGCCCUCGCAGCCGCAGUCGCCGUCGCCAGCGGCCGCAUUGGCGAAGACUCCCGGGAGAACGACGACGACGACGGGCUCGUCGGCGGCGAGGUCGCUCAAAUUCCUCCUGCAGCGGAGCAACGGCGGGCGGGCGUCCACGGGCACCGCGUCGGACCUCGCGUCGGCGCCGCUCCUCCGCGACAGCUCCGACUCGGAGGCCUCGCUCUCGCUCGCCUCCUCCCGCUUCUCGCACUCCUCAUCCUCGUCCUCCUCCGGCCACGACCACGACGAUGUCAACCCGCGCUUCUCCCUCGACUCCGCCGCCGACCCCAACCCUCCCCGCCUCCGCCUGGUCCGCUCCUCCCACCGCCACUCCACCUCCAGCCGCGCGGCCCACAGCCCCGCGCGCCGCCGGCCGUCGCCGCCCAGGCAGGACGCGUCCAGGUGCCUCUCCGUGGACUCCCCGCGCAUGAACUCCUCGGGCAAGAUCGUGUUCCAGCAGGGCCUGGAGCGCAGCUGCAGCUCCCCGUGCAGCCUGCACGCGGCGGCGAGGUCGCGGUCCAUGGCCCGUGCCGUCGACCGGUCCUACUCGUCCGGCGUCCGCGUGGCGCCCGUGGUGCUCAACGUGCCGGUCUGCUCGCGGCCGGUGUUCGGCUUCUUCAAGGACAAGAAGGAGUCGGCAGCCAGCAAGGACUCGUCGUCUCUGAGGUCGUCGUCGCGGUCGUCGACCCUGGGCCGGAAGACGGCGCCGACGCCGACGCCGCAGCGGUGGAGCGGCGAGCUGCCGAGGCCCUGCGGGUGAUCUGCCGGAAGAGACUGCGAUCGAGGGCGUCGUCGUGCAUGGAUAGCGACGGGCUAGGUUAGGGACGCAAUGAUGGAUGCAUAGCGCUUUGUUGGGGUUUUAACUGAUUUGGUUUGUUCUUUGGGGUGCUGAUGAGAAGGUCUAAUCAAUUGACUGUUUUUCUUUUCUCUUGACUGUAAAUUUGGAGUUUUGCUCUUCUCCUCAAUCCUCAAGGCCGUUGUAGCUAGCGCAUCUGAUUCUGAUUUGGUUGUUUGCAAGAAAAAAGAUCACAAGAUGUUUUUCCAA